AUGGAAAGCGAUUUUCAUAAAAAGUCGAAUGUGGAUCAGUUAACAAUAUUAUGUUUAUGUACAUCUUCUGAUCCCAUGAAAAGAGAUUUUCGAUGGCAAUUAUCACAUCAAAACAAUGAAACCAACAGUCAAGUUCGAAACUUUGAAGCAGGUUCAAGUUCAAAUCUAGCUACUAAUGGAAACGAUCAUGAGCAACAGCAAAUAUCCAAUGUUACAACUGGUGCUUCACUCAAUCAUCAAACAUUUCAUCAUAUCAUACAGAACACAAAUCAUGAUCUUUCUCAAACUAUUAAUGACUCUAAUCUAAUUGGAUAUCAUGGCUAUUUUAAUGGUUUUGUAUUAUCGAAUAAUAAUCGAGCAUCACCCACAAAUUCGAAUACACAAGAUAAUGAGAAAACAAAUCUAUUUAAAUAUAUUGCGACAAAUAUAAUCGGUAAAGAUUAUAUCGUCAAUGGACCAUGGGGACCUCGAAAAAUGAUUUAUGCAGAUUAUACAGCAUCAGGACGAUCUCUUCGAUUUAUUGAAAAUUAUAUACAAAACUAUGUUAUACCAUCAUAUGGCAAUACGCAUAGUGAAAAUAAUGCUUGUUCGUUACAAACAACAAAAUUUCGUGGUGAAGCACGAGCAUUAGUUAAGAAAUCUGUUAAUGCUACUGAUAAUGAUGUUGUCAUAUUUACCGGAACUGGAUCAACAGGUGCAAUACAUAAGCUUGUCAAUACGUUGCAUUUGAAUGAUGAAGAAAAUCGAAAUAAAACUGUUAUAUUUAUUAGUGCCUUUGAGCAUCAUUCAAAUAUUUUACCAUGGAAAGAAACAGGAAUCGAAAUAGUACGUAUUCCUACCAAUAAGCAAGGUCUUCUUGAUCAAGAUGUAUUAAAAGAAAAAUUAGAAUAUUAUCGUAAUAAAACAGAAAAACAUAUUCUUUGUACAUUUAAUGCUGCGAGUAAUGUAACUGGUAUUCGAACAGAUGUUGAUUCUGUUUCAACACUUGUUCAUCAACAUGAUGGUUGGAUUUUUUGGGAUUAUGCAGCAGCAGCACCGUAUGUUAAAAUUGAUAUGAACCCAUCAGAAACAGCUUAUAAGGAUGCUGUUUUUAUUUCUACACAUAAAUUCGUUGGUGGUCCAGGUACACCAGGUAUUCUGGUUGCAAAAAAGCAUCUAUUUCACAACAUUGUUCCGUGUGGCUGUGGUGGUGGUACAGUCAAUUUUGUAACGCGACUCCAUACUGAAUAUAUUCAUGAUAUUGAAAUACGUGAAGAAGGUGGAACGCCUGAUAUCAUUGGCUCGAUUCGAGCUGGUUUAGUUUUUCAAUUAAAAGAUACCGUUGGUCAUGAUCUUAUUCAGAAACGUGAAGAUGAAUUGGUUGAAAAAUUUUUUCGACGUUUUAAAAAUAUAAAUUCAUUAAUUAUACUUGGCUCACAGAGUGUUUCUCGUCUUGCAAUUUUUUCAUUUUUAAUUUAUGUACCAAUGAUAAAAAAAUAUUUACAUUAUAAUUUUAUUUGUUCGUUAUUAAAUGAUUUAUUUGGUAUUCAAGUACGAUCCGGUUGUGCUUGUGCUGGACCCUAUGUUUUAGAUUUACUUGGCAUUGAUGAUGAAAAAGCACAUGUUUAUGCAAUGUUCCUCGCUGAAGAUUCAAAUGCUCGGAUCGAUGAAGAAAAUAAUCAAAUAGAAAGAAAUCUUUUGAUAAAACCUGGUUUUACUCGUCUUAAUUUAUCAUAUUUUGCAAGUAACGAGGAAAUCGAUUAUAUUUUGAAUGCAAUAGAAUUUAUUGCUACAUAUGGAUGGCAAUUUUUACCAUUAUAUACGUACAAUCCGUCGACCGGCGUUUGGCAUCAUCGAGAUGUAGCUAUUGAAAAGUAUUUAUUAAAUUAUCAUAGUUUAAAACAGAUUCAUUACGAAAAUGGGCAAAUGAAAGCGGAUGACCCAGAAUCUGACAACAAAUUGUAUCUUCCAAGUCAAUCGACAGAUAUAUCUACGCCAGAUAAUCUUUUUCAUAAAGCUGAAACUAUUGCAAAAGAUAUUUCAGAGCGAACUCCUGAUUAUCAAAAUGAUCCUGAACUAAAUAUCUUAGAUAAAUAUAAACAUUUCAUUUGGUUUGCUUUGCCUAAAGAUAUUGCUCAAAUUCAAAUUUCGACUACAAUCGACAAGACAGCAUUUCCGGCAAUUACCGAUCGUGAUACUAAUUAA